UCUUCUGUAUUGUCUAUAUUACAAUAUUAUUCUUCAUACACAAGUCUUUUGAAUCGGUUUUAGUUAACUUUAGUGUGGAGGCCCAGAAAAUUGGAAAUCGUCCUGUCUCAAAACAUCAUUAAUUAAUAUAAGUCUACGAGUGUCUUAUUUAUACUGUUGCUAAAUUUAUCAUAAAGCAAUAUGUCGAUGUAUCCCAGCUUAGAAGAUAUGAAGAUGGAUCAAAUGAGCAGGGCCCAAAUUCAGCUGGGAAAUGACAUUAACAAACCUCCACCAUACAAUCCGGGCACCUACAAUGCAGGUGCCACCUCUGUUGACAUUGGUGGUGUUUAUCCAUCCCUUGGAAACUAUAUGGGGUUGGAACUCAGUGAAGAAAUCAUUAAAGAAAAUAUGCCCGAGUACAGCCAUACUGUUUCAAUUUAUCAACAGUUAUCGGUUGGAUCCUCUGGUCCCAACAACAUGAUUGCUCCACUAUCAGGACAGUCUCUGGGGCUCCACAGAGCACAAGUUACUAACGGAAUCCGGGAAGUUACUCUUUGUAAAGAUGCCGAUGGAAAAGUGGGUGUUAGAGUAAAAGAAAUCAACAAUGGCAUAUUCAUCGCUCUGGUGGUCGAAAAGUCUCCGGCUGCACUUGCCGGUCUGAGAUUCGGAGAUCAAAUUUUACAAAUUAACGGCACAAACGUGGCAGGCAUGUCCAUGGAGAAAGUGCACAACUUGUUUAAAAAAAGCCCCGUAAAUGGCAUUAAAGUUGUCUUGAGAGACAGACCGUUUGAGAGGACUUUAACACUACACAAAGACAGUACCGGAUGUCUAGGAUUCCAGUUUAAAAAUGGCAGAAUUUCGACUAUUAUUAAAGAUUCCUCGGCUGCUAGGAAUGGGGUAUUGAUUGACCAUCAGUUACUGGAAGUGGAAGGCCAGAAUGUAGUUGGAUUGAAAGAUAAACAGGUCAAGGAAAUCAUUGCGAACGCUGGGAAUGUUGUUACUAUUACAGUCAUACCGAGUUUUAUGUAUGAUCACAUGGUGAAGAAGAUGGCCGGAUCUCUUCUAAAAGGCUUGAUGGACCAUUCCAUUCCCUCUCUAUAAACUCUUCCACAAACUAUAUUUUACAGCAUAUGUGACCUUUUAAAGUGCCAUGUAUUUCACAAUUUUCCAGCACACCAUAUUUAAAAUAUAUAUCACGGUAGUGCAAUACUUAUUUUAACCUUUUACUUUUUAAGUGAAUUUGUUUCCUGUGUUUUUUCCAAAGAUGUUAAUAGAACUAACGUUCGUUUUUAUACAGACUGAUGAUUAGUAUCUCUAAAUGCAUUUAUACGUGUUAGUUUGUUUUCUCUUUUUAGUUGCAACCCAUAACAGUAACGGCAAUACAAUAAUUGACAAAAUCUCUUAAUUGGGUGCGACUGCUAUAUUUGUUUAACUAUAUACAUAUAUGUAUCUUUAUAGAAUUAUAUAUUCGUUACUAUGUUAGCUGUUAGAGAUAUCUCGUAUAGGUAUAAAUAUUUUUAUAGGAUUACCAUAUUAUUUUAUUUAUAUAAUCACUGAUUCAUAUUUAUUAUUAAUCAAUAAACGUUUUCAAAAU